AUGUGGCUGCAAACUGAAGGCUUUGUGGAGAGGGUCGGACAGUGGUGGUCUUCAUAUCAGAUUCAGGGUACUCCUAGUUUUGUUUUUGCUGGAAAGCUAAAGGCUUUAAAACAAGACCUAAAACUUUGGAACAAGCAAUCCUUUGGCAAUAUCAGGGUACUCAAGAAAACAAAGCAGUGGGAGAUACAAGAGUUAGAAAGGGUUCGAGAGUUAAGGCCUUUGAAUCAGGAGGAACAAGCCCAAAAAUUAGCUUUGGUUGUAGAGAUCGAGAGGAUCAUUCUAAUGGAAGAGAUCUCGUGGAGGCAAAAGUCUAGAGCUUUAUGGCUGAAGGAAGGUGACCGUAGCACUAAGUUUUUUCACAGGGUUGCCAAUUCUCACAGGCGAUCCAACAACAUCGAGAUGCUGAAGAUUGAUGGGUCAGAGUGCAGGGAUGUGCAAGUGAUUAACAAUCACGUGGUUAGUUUUUAUGGACAGCUUCUUACUGAGCAGGUGGGGUGGAGGCCUAAGCUAGAGGGGUUGGCUUUUGAGUCCAUUGGACCUUUGGACUCUAAUCGUUUGGAGAGGUCGUUUGAAGAGGCAGAGGUGUUAGAAGUGGUAAGGAAAAUGGCAAGAGACAAGGCUCCGGGUCCAGAUGGGUACUCUAUGGCCUUAAUACCAAAAAGGGCGGGAGCGGAGGAUAUACAGGAGUUUUGCCCCAUUAGCCUAGUCAAUGGGGUCUAUAAGAUUUUAUCCAAGGUACUGGCAAAUUGCCUUAGUCAGAUCGUUGGAAAGAUUAUUUCAAAGCCUCAAAAUGCAUUUGUAAAGGAUAGACAGAUCCUAAAUGCAGUGCUCAUCGCCAAUGAGACUUUCUAA